GAGGAGGAGGAGGGGUGUCGUGGGGGGGGGGCGGAGUGGUUGGGGCCGGCGGCGGCCGCCGCGGCGGCGGGGUCAGUUCUCUUUAGUGUUUGCCGAUGUUGGAGGCGUCCCCGAGGCGUCCCCGGGAAGCAGCGAUAGACAAUGGCACAAGUUAAGAUGCAGACUACAGCAAACCUGUCCGGACCUACCAUGUCCCCUAUGGUGCUACCCCUCCCAGUAACAACUACAAACACGCUGGGUCUGCCACCUGCCAUGAAUGGAUCCAUUUCGGAACCGGCUGCCGGUUGUAGCAGUCCUACUGCUGGCCCCGUGGAUCCUGCUCCCGCUAGCAACUCACCAGCUCCUCUCCAAGAUAACAUGGCAAACCCCAAAGAGAAAACUCCAAUGUGUCUGGUAAAUGAGUUAGCCCGUUUCAAUAGAAUUCAACCCCAGUAUAAGCUUCUGAAUGAACGAGGGCCUGCUCAUGCCAAGAUGUUCACAGUGCAACUGACUCUUGGAGAACAGACAUGGGAGGCUGAAGGAAGCAGUAUUAAAAAGGCCCAACAUGCUGCUGCUAGCAAAGCAUUGAAUGAAACUACCCUUCCCAAGCCAACUCCUAGACCACCCAAAAAUAAUGUUAACAAUAAUCCAGGCAGUAUAACUCCAACAGUAGAGCUGAAUGGUCUGGCUAUGAAAAGAGGAGAGCCCGCCAUCUACAGGCCGUUAGAUCCAAAGCCAAUCCCCAAUUAUAGAGCAAAUUAUAAUUUUCGGGGCAUGUACAAUCAGAGGUAUCACUGCCCAGUGCCUAAAAUAUUCUAUGUCCAGUUAACUGUUGGCAACAGUGAGUUUUUUGGUGAAGGAAAGACUCGUCAAGCUGCUAGACAUAAUGCUGCAAUGAAGGCCCUUCAAGCUCUCCAGAAUGAGCCUAUUCCAGAAAAAUUACCUCAGAAUGGAGAAACAGGAAAAGAAACAGAAGAAGAUAAAGAUGCAAACAAGUCUGAGAUAAGUGUAGUGUUUGAAAUUGCUUUGAAGCGCAAUAUACCCGUCAGUUUUGAGGUGAUUAAAGAAAGUGGACCUCCUCACAUGAAGAGCUUUGUUACACGAGUUACAGUAGGUGAAUUCACUGCAGAAGGAGAAGGGAACAGUAAGAAACUCUCAAAGAAACGUGCUGCAAUGGCUGUCCUACAAGAACUUAAGAAGCUUCCUCCUCUUCCUGUUAUUGAAAAGCCAAAACUUUACUUUAAAAAACGUCCCAAAACAAUAUUAAAGACUGGACCAGAAUAUGGUCAAGGAAUGAAUCCCAUCAGUCGUCUGGCUCAGAUCCAACAGGCCAAAAAGGAGAAGGAGCCAGAAUACGUUCUUCUUUCAGAGAGAGGAAUGCCUCGCCGUCGAGAGUUUGUUAUGCAGGUAAAAGUAGGCAACGAGAUUACCACUGGAACAGGCCCAAACAAGAAAAUAGCUAAAAGAAAUGCAGCAGAAGCAAUGUUGCUACAGCUGGGUUACAAAGCCUCUACCCCUCUUCAAGACCAGCCAGAAAAGCUUGGAGAAAACAAGAGUUGGAACGGCCAGAAUGUUGGGUUUCCUGAGCCAACAAGUAACACACCAAAGGGAAUACUCCAUCUCUCUCCUGAUGUUUACCAAGAGAUGGAAGCAAGCCGCAACAAAUCAGCCCCUGGUACCACUGUAAGCUAUUUGUCGUCCAAAGAAAUGAGCCAGACUUCUAGCUCUUUCUUCAGCAUAUCUCCUACAACAAAUAGCACAGCUACGAUUGCCAGGGAACUUCUCAUGAAUGGAACAUCCCCAACUGCCGAAGCCAUAGGUCUAAAAGGAAUAUCUCCUGCUUCCCCCUGUCCUGCAGUGCAGCCUUCAAAACAGCUGGAGUAUUUGGCAAGGAUUCAAGGCUUUCAGGUACACUACAGUGAUAGACAAAAUGGCAAAGAGUGUAUGACCUGUUUGACACUGUCUCCUGUGCAGAUGACUUUCCAAGGUAUCGGAAGCUCCAUUGAAGCCAGCCAUGACCAGGCAGCAUUAAGUGCCUUGAAACAGUUUUCAGAACAAGGACUGGAUCCAGUGGAAGGGGCUAUGAAAGUUGAAAAUGGAUCACUUGAAAAACAAGUCAAGCAUCUGGGAGAGAAAGCAGACAAUAAACAGACUAACUCAGGCACCAUUGCUCAGGACUGCAAGGAUUCAAAGGCUGUCGUCUAGGAGCUUCCCAGCACCCACGGCUGCCACUGCAUCCUUAUAAACCUGUCAACACGCAAUAGGGUGUAUGUGUACAAGGAAAUGAAUGACUAAUACCAUUAUUUGAGUCUUAUGUGAAGACAACACUAUUCUAACACAAGAGAUAGUAUACAUGGUACUGUUUAUUCAACUGUGGAAAAAAAAUAAAAUUGAACAUUUCCCU